CUACAACCACCACAUCGCCAACUCUUCCUUCUGCAACUCCAACUCCUUCACUUCUCUUCUCUGUUCUACUCUUCUCCACCUACUUCACCUACCGCAAUCAUGGCCAACGCAACUGGCAAGAAGGCAGUCCACUUUGGCGCCGGCAACAUCGGCCGUGGCUUCGUUGCUUGCUUCCUCCACAACUCGGGCUAUGAGGUCGUUUUUGCCGACGUCAACGGAGACCUGAUUGAUACCAUCAACUCUACCCCCUCCUACAAAGUCAUCGAGGUCGGCUCCGAGGGCACCUCAGAAAACGUCAUCACCAACUACCGGGCCAUCAACUCUCGGACUCACGAGGAAGACCUCGUUGAGGAGAUCCGCACUGCCGACGUCGUCACCUGCUCCGUCGGCCCCAACAUCCUCAAGUUCAUCGCUCCCGUCAUCGCAAAGGGCAUCGACCGCCGCUCCGACGACGAGACGCCCCUGCACGUCAUUGCCUGCGAGAACGCCAUUGGCGCCACCGACACGCUGGCCAGCUACAUCAAGGAUGCCAAGAACACGGAUCCUGCCCGUCUCGAGACGCACCACCUGCGUGCCCGCUACGCCAACUCGGCUAUUGACCGGAUCGUGCCGGCGCAGGACCCCAAUGCCGGCCUUGACGUGAAGCUGGAGAAGUUCUUUGAGUGGGUUGUCGACAAGACCCCCUUUGAGGACAUUGGCAUCCCGCCCAUUGAGGGCAUCCAGUGGGUCGACAACCUGGAGCCCUUCAUCGAGCGCAAGCUGUACACGGUCAACACUGGCCACGCUACGGCUGCCUACCACGGCUACUACCGCAGAAAGCGCACCGUCUACGAUGCUCUCCAGGACAAGGAGAUCAUGGCUGAGGUCCGUGGCGCCCUGACCGAGACCAAGAACCUGCUCGUUGCCAAGCACGGCAUCGACGAGGAGGCCCAGCUCGCCUACAUGAACAAGAUUAUCAAGCGCAUCGGCAACCCCCAUUUGGAGGAUGCUGUCGAGCGUGUCGGCCGCGCUCCCCUGAGGAAGCUGUCGCGCAAGGAGCGCUUCAUCGGCCCCGCCGCCGAGGCCGCCGAGAACGACAUGCCCGUCAAGUACCUCCUCGACGCCAUCGAGAUGACGUUCCGCUUCCAGGACGUCGAGGGUGACGACGAGUCCAAGGAGCUCUCUACCAUCAUGUCCGAGAACACCCCCGAGGACGUUGUCGCCAAGGUCUGCGGCAUCAAGCCGACGGAGAAGAUCUACCCUCGCCUGGUCGAGGUUGUCAAGCGUGUGCAGGCUGACAGCCAGGAGGAGUAACUUGCGAUGGCUCUUCUGGCGUUCUAGCUCGGCAUCACUCACGGCGCUGAGUGGUGACCGGCCUACUGCAUCUGGCUUUGGGCUUCUUUUGAUCUUUUACUUCUACUUUUUCUCUUCUACAACUUGUGUUAAGAAUGCACGAAUGAACGGCAAGGCGCUGGGUUCCGGGUUAAUAGAGCAUCGUCUCUUUUGUUUUCUAUUUUUUUUGUACUCUGCUAGGGCAUUCCUUGACGGGAACAAAAGGUGCUCGGGAUAUCUUCAUGGGAAGCUUCAGUCUAUAGAUGGACUGAGCAGGCAGCAUAACGGGUCAAGAUACCACAUC